AUGAGUGAAUCUGCCGAGGCUUCAGCCACCGACCUCGCCAACCUCGGGAUCGGCAGGAGCGUGGAAAUCGAGAUCACCAACCAAACCAAUGUCUCCAGCCUCAUCAACCCCGGGUUUUACCUGUUCAGCGGGAACUGCCAGAUUCCCCCUCAGCCCACCGUGAGCCCUCAGAAAGCUGAGAUGUGCAAAUUCAGCAUGGUCACCGGCCUGGCCAGGGGUGCCGUGGGCGUGCUGACCUACGACUUCAAGAGGCAGAGCGACACUCCCAAUGAGAAGCUGGCCAUCAUGUUCUCCGUGCCCUUCAACUACAUCGCGGACAAGAACAUCCUGGCAAUCGGCAUCUACGCCGGAGACAAGGAGUGUAACAAAGCGCUCUACAACGAGAUGUACUACGGCGUCCCAUAUCACGACAAGGAAAUGCACGGCUUCGUCAGGAAGGCUGCCAAAGAAGGCAGCCUCACCUUCGAGGGCUGCAGAUUUCACAUCAAGGCCAUCAUGUCCCCGGUGGGCGGGUCCGUGCUGAAGGUGGAGGUGUGGGACAAGCCACGAGAUGAUUGA